AUGGCAAAUCUCACCAGGUUUAUAAGCCAGUGCUCCGUGGUAUGCAAAGAAAAGCCUGUGGACCACGCGGAGGAUCCAGAUCCCAAGUCUGUUGCGUACCGUCUGUACACAGAUGGAGGAAAUAUGCCUGGAGAUAUGCCAGGAGAUAAACGGCCUGCUGAUAUCGGGGAAACUGCAAAAGCUGCUACUGCCAAGUCGUUGUGCAUCAGAAAAGGCUGUUUGUUCUAUGGCUCCCCAGGAACGGCAAAGACGCUGGUUGUUCGUGCUCUUGCUAACGAAUGUAGCCGAGGAGACAGGAAAAUACCGUUUUUUAUGAGAAAAGCUUCAGACUGCCUGGGACAAUGGGUGGGGGAAUCAGAACGUCAGCUUCGCUCGUUAUUUGAACAGGCCUAUCAGAUGCGACCUUCAGUUAUUUUCUUUGAUGAGGUAGAUGGCCUCGCUCCUGUGCAGUGCAGUAAACAAGACCAAAUUCAUAGUUCCAUUGUCUCAACACUUCUGACACUUCUGGAUGGCAUAGACAACAGAGGGGAGAUUGUGGUAGUCGGAGCCACCAACAGACUAGGUUCUAUAGAUCCUGCUUUACGGAGACCAGGACGCUUUGACAGAGAGUUCCUCUUCAACUUGCCAAAUAAAGAGGCUAGAAAAGAAAUUUUCAAGAUUCAUACUCGUGACCGGAUCCCUAAGCCACCGGACCUGUUGCUUGAUGAGCUAGCUGAGAAAUGCAUUGGUGAAUGUGGUGCAGAUAUAAAAUCCUUAUGUGCUGAAGCUGCGCUGUGCUCUCUGUGUCGACGCUAUCCUCCGAUCUAUGCAAGUGGGGAGAAAUUGCGACUAGACGUUAAUUCCAUGAAACUAAAAGCAAAGGCUUUUUUGAUGGCUGUGAAGAAGGUUGUUCCAGCUUCAAACAGGAUUGUGGCUUCACCUGGACAAGCACUAUCACCCAUUUUUAAGCCGCUUUUUGAAAAUUCAGUAGCGAAUAUUUUACAAGCCGCGCAGAAGACAUUUCCGCAUGCAGAGCUUGCGCUAAAGAAGGACCGACAGCAAGACAAUUUAAAUCCUAUUUUACAAGAUGAUAUACUUGACAGUGAUGACGACGCAUCCUCAAUCUCUGGAGAUGAACUACCAGAUAAAAUGCCUGACAGACCCGAGGAAAAAUUCCUCUGUUUCUGCAGGAGUGCUUACUACAAACCGCCAUCAUGUCAGCCCCAUCUGCUAAUAGUAGGAAAAGCGGGAUAUGGCCAGGUUUCUUAUUUGGCACCCGCGGUGUUGCAUGCUUUGGAGAAGUUUCCCGUUCACACCCUGGAGCUAUCCAUUCUGUUUACAAACAUUGCACCGCCAGAAGAAAUAUGCGGAGAGAUCCAAAAAUGCUUUCUUAAGGAAUUUGGAGAAGUUUAGAGUAAGGAGGACAGAGCAAGAAUUUUUGAGGACCUAAUUCUAGAUCGAACUGCUAAGCCUCCGGUAAAGAAAGCAGUUCGCCGGACAUUGGAAGUCCUGCCUGUAGCAUCACCAGCUGAGCCUCAAGAGCCGACAGAGGAAGAAGUAGGACUGCUGGAGGAGGAAGCGGAGGAUACGUUGCGUGAACUUAGCAUUUUCUUAAGGGAGGUUACUCAGAGACUUGCCACUGACAGACGUUUCAUGGAAUUUACAAAGCCCGUUGACCCACAGAAGGUACCUGGUUAUGCAACAAUCACUAAAGAGGCAAUGGAUCUUUCAACAGUCCUCAGUAAAAUUGACUCGCCCCAAUACCUAAGUGCAGGAGACUUUCUGAAGGAUAUUGAUCUGAUCUGUAACAAUGCCUUAGAAUACAACCCAGAUCAAAGACCUGCAGAUCCUCUCGUUAGGAACAGAGCCUAUGUUUUGCAAGACACUGCAUAUUCUAUAGUGAUGAAAGAAAUGGAUGCAGAGGUUGGGUGACUUUGGGAAGAACUUAAAGAAUCUUGUGAGAAAAGAGGGAUACAGACAAUGGGACCUCAGUUCCUUUGUUUUCCUUGUCAGUCAAGUAAGAUGAAGAUAAUGGAUUUUGAAGAAAGAAUUCUUUUGAAAGAAAGCGCAGAAGGAACAAAUCUGCAGGUACUGCAGCAAAGAGAAGAAGGAGUUUUCAAUUCGAUAAAGAAAAUGAAGUACCGGAAGAUGACCAAAAUGGAAGAGAUUGUUUUGCAGGUAGGACAGCAACAGAUGAGUGUUGAGAACACCGUGGAAGCUUCUACAGAGCCAGACAAUGUAGUUAUUGUGGAUCACUAUGAGCUCAAAGAGAUUAAGAAAGGAAUCGCAGUCUUCCAGUAUUACAAGUAA